UUGGAUGGUGAUAUCAUGCACUCCAAUAUGUCAUGCUAAUGAAACCCAAAUAAAAUUGCCUCAUUUGUUUGAUCAAGUAUUCAAUAUUUAAAAGUUCGUGAAGAAAUCAAUGACAUGUGGGUCCUUAAAUCUAAUACAAUAUAACAAAUGGAAAAGAAAAUUAUAGAAUAAACAUGUUAUAUUGUUCUGUUCUAUGUUCUUCUUUGCUGCAUGCCUAUAAAUAAAGACCUUCCCAAGACCCCAAAAGAUACCCAAGUCUAAAAUUAACAAAAAUAUUGUAAACCCUUUUUGUCUUUUGUUUUUCCACUAUUAUUACCAAAAAUAAAUAAUAAUUAGUUUCCAUGGCCGCAGUAUCAAUUUCUCCCAUCAAGGUUGGGAAAAUUGAUGAUGUCCAAGAGCUGAGAAAGGCUAAGUCUGAAAUCCCAGAUAGAUUUGUAAGAGACAAAACUGAGAGGCCAACACUAGACACUUCAUCAAUACCAUCUAAUGACAUUCCCAUUAUAGAUCUCCACAAGCUUUCAAAUGGUUCAGAAGAUGAAGUUCUUAGUGAGCUUUUGCAGCUCACAACUGCUUGUGAUGAGUGGGGUUUUUUUCAGGUGAUAAAUCAUGGGAUUGAUCUGAGUUUGGUCGAGCAAACAGAGGAGUUAACCAAGGGCUUUUUCAUGCUGCCUUUGGCUGAGAAGCAGAAGUAUGCUAUGGUUCCAGGGAUAGUUCAUGGCUAUGGACAAGCUUUUGUGUUCUCAGAGGACCAAAAGCUAGAUUGGUGUAACAUGUUUGCACUUGGGCUUGAGCCAAAGUCUAUAAGAAACCCAAAACUAUGGCCAGAAAACCCUCCUAAGUUCAGUGAAACUGUUGAUCUUUAUUCAAAAGAAGUAAGAAAACUAUGCCAAAACCUGUUGAAAUACAUAGCCAUGACUCUUGGGUUGAAAGAAGAUGUGUUUGCUGAGAUGUUUGGUGUGGCUGUCCAAGCCAUAAGGAUGAACUAUUACCCACCAUGUUCAAGACCUGACCUUGUUUUGGGUCUAAGCCCACAUUCAGAUGGAAGUGCCCUAACAGUUCUACAAGAAAGUAAAGGCAGCUCAGUGGGACUUCAAAUCUUGAAAGAUGACAAAUGGGUUUCAGUUAAGCCAAUCCCAAAUGCCCUUGUGAUCAACAUUGGGGACACUAUAGAAGUUCUUACGAACGGAAGGUACAAGAGUGUGGAACACAGAGCUGUGACUCACAAUGAAAAAGAUAGGCUUUCAAUAGUCACUUUUUAUGCUCCUACCUAUGAAUUAGAGAUUGGACCUUUGGCUGAAUUGGUGGAAGAAAAUAACUCAUGCAAGUAUAGAAGAUACACUCAUGGAGAGUAUAGUGAAAACUAUCUGAGAAACAAGUUAGGUAAGAAAUCACUGGAUUUUGCAAAGAUCAAAACCAACAAUUCAAACUAAACCAACCCCGUGUUGUGAAAAUGUAACACCCUGUUCUUUAGGGACGCCAUGUGGUUUAAUAAACAAGUGCCUUGUGAAGCGACAUAUUUUUAAAUCCAAGUGUGAUUUUAAGUAAACCACUUGAGACUAGCUCAAGUGGCCAUAGGUGAGUGUGUGUGUUGGAGGUUCUAGGUUCGAGUCCAGAUAAAACAUAGUUGUAAUAUAUAAACGUUUAAAUAAAAAAAAAAAAAGUGUGAUUUUAAGUAAAAUUUGGUAC